AUGGUGGCCAAGAUGAUGGCCAACCCAAUAGCCAAGAUGGUGGCCAAGACGAUGGUCAACCUGGUGGCCAAGAUGGUGGCCAAGGUGGUGGCCAAGAUGAUGGUCAACCUGGUGGCCAAGAUGGUGGCCAAGACGAUGGUCAACCUGGUGGCCAAGAUGGCAGCCAAGAGCUUAAUUAUUAAAAAUGGUGAAUCCAAACGCAUCACCUUGGUCCUUCAACAACCACCCGGUGGCUCCGCCCCGCCCGGUCAACGUCACGUUGUCCUCGGCAGUUUGCCCGGCAAAAUUGUCCUCCAGGGCAACCAACUGGCCACCCUCGGUCAAGCCAAGGGGACACCCGGCCAACCGGCCAAGGUGGUCACCAUCCAACUUCAAGUUCAACAACCUCCAAGCGGUCAAGCGGGAGGUCCUCAGAAGAUCCAACUUCUCCAACAAGCCACCGCCGGUGGAGGUGGUGGAGGCCAAGGGGGGACGCCGGUGGCCGUGUCCUCGGUGCCGCAGGUGGUGGGCGGCGGCGGUGGCCAGAGGGUGACGGUGCCCUUGAAGGUGGUCCUUCAACCUCAGGCCGGCUCAUCUCAGGGGGGUUCCCCGGGUCUCUCGGUGGUGAAAGUCCUGAGCACCAGCGAGGUGGCCACCUUGGCCACCCCAUCUUCUCGAGGGACCUCGGAGGAGACCCGUAAGUUGGACCACCAGAAGAAGCAGGAGAAGGCCAACCGCAUCGUGGCCGAAGCCAUCGCUCGGGCCCGAGCCCGGGGGGAGCAGAACAUCCCUCGGGUCCUCAACGAAGACGAGUUGCCCAACGUCCGGCCAGAAGAAGAAGGGGACAGGAAACGGCGCCGAAAGGGGACAAGUGACCGAGGGGGACCCAAAGAGGAGAGACCUCGGAAGGGCAAAGGUCAAGGAGGAAGCGGGAAGAGCAAAGGGAGGAGCAAACCCAGCACCAUCACCCCCGUGGUGGGCAAGAAGCGCAAACGCAACGCCUCCUCCGACAACUCCGACGCCGAGGUCCUGCCCUCCCCAUCUCCUCGCGAGGAAGAGGAGACCAGCGUCCAGAAGCGAAGGUCCAACCGGCAGGUGAAGAGGAAGAAGUACACGGAGGACUUGGACAUCAAGAUCACCGACGAUGAGGAGGACGAAGAGUUGGACGUGACGGGACCUCUUCGAACGGAGCAACCACCGGUUCCUCAACCUCCAGCUCCCGAACCGGAACCCGAAGGAGAGACUUUACCUUCCAUGCAGUUCUUUGUGGAAAACCCCAGCGAGGAAGACGCCGCCAUCGUGGACAAGGUCCUCUCCAUGAGGGUGGUGAAGAAAGAGCUUCCGUCGGGGCAGUUGACCGAAUCCGAAGAGUUUUUCGUCAAAUAUAAGAACUACUCCUACCUCCACUGCGAAUGGGCCACCAUCGACCAACUGGAGAAGGACAAGAGGAUCCACCAGAAGCUCAAGAGGUUCAAGACCAAGAUGACCCAGAUGCGGCAUUUUUUCCACGAGCCGGAUGAAGAACCCUUCAACCCCGACUACGUGGAGGUGGACCGCAUCUUGGACGAGUCCCACAGCGUCGAUAAGGACAACGGGGAGCCGGUGGUCUACUACUUGGUCAAGUGGUGCUCCCUCCCCUACGAGGACAGCACUUGGGAGCUCAAGGAGGACGUGGACGAAGGGAAAAUCGGGGAAUUUAAACGAAUUCAAGCCCGACACCCCGAACUCAAACGUUUGCCCCGACCUCAAGCGGGUUCUUGGAAGAAGCUGGAGCUGUCGCACGAGUAUAAAAACCACAACCAGCUCCGGGAGUAUCAACUGGAAGGGGUCAACUGGUUGCUCUUCAACUGGUACAACAGGCAGAACUGCAUCUUGGCCGACGAGAUGGGUUUGGGGAAGACCAUCCAAUCCAUCGCCUUCUUGCAAGAGGUCUACAACGUCGGGGUGAGGGGACCUUUCUUGGUCAUCGCCCCCUUGUCCACCAUCACCAACUGGGAGAGGGAGUUCAACACCUGGACGGAGAUGAACACCAUCGUCUACCACGGCAGCUUGGCCUCCAGGCAGAUGAUCCAACAGUACGAGAUGUACUGCAAAGACUCACGGGGUCGUCUCAUCCCCGGGGCCUACAAAUUUGACGCCCUCAUCACCACCUUCGAGAUGAUCCUCUCGGAUUGUCCCGAGCUGCGGGAGAUCGAGUGGCGUUGCGUCAUCAUCGACGAGGCCCAUCGCCUCAAGAACCGCAACUGCAAACUCCUCGACAGCCUGAAGCACAUGGACCUGGAACACAAGGUUCUCCUGACGGGGACCCCUCUCCAGAACACGGUGGAGGAGCUCUUCAGCCUCCUCCACUUCUUGGAACCUUCCCAGUUCCCCUCCGAGGCCGAGUUCCUCAAAGAUUUUGGAGACCUCAAGACCGAGGAGCAGGUUCAGAAGCUCCAGGCCAUCUUGAAACCCAUGAUGCUCCGACGGUUGAAGGAAGACGUGGAGAAGAACUUGGCCCCCAAACAGGAGACCAUCAUCGAGGUGGAGUUGACCAACAUCCAGAAGAAAUAUUAUCGGGCCAUCUUGGAGAAGAACUUCUCCUUCCUCUCCAAAGGGGUUGGUCACACCAACAUGCCCAACCUUCUCAACACCAUGAUGGAACUCCGAAAGUGCUGUAACCACCCCUACCUCAUCAACGGCGCCGAGGAGAAGAUCUUGGCCGAAUUCCGCGAGUCGUGUCACCACCACCUCCCCCACGACUUCCAUCUCCAGGCCAUGGUCCGCUCGGCCGGCAAACUGGUCCUCAUCGACAAACUCUUGCCCAAACUCAAAGCUGGUGGCCACAAGGUCCUCAUCUUCUCCCAGAUGGUGAGAUGCUUGGACAUCUUGGAGGACUACCUUAUCCAGAAGAGGUACCUCUACGAACGGAUCGAUGGAAGGGUGAGGGGCAACCUCCGGCAGGCGGCCAUCGACCGCUUCAGCAAACCCGACUCCGACCGCUUCGUCUUCCUCCUUUGCACCCGCGCCGGUGGCCUCGGCAUCAACCUGACGGCCGCCGACACCUGCAUCAUCUUCGAUUCCGAUUGGAACCCCCUCAGGAUCCAACAGUUCUCCAAGAAGGAGAUCGAGGACCUUCUCCGCAAAGGGGCUUACGCCGCCAUCAUGGAGGAGGACGAUGAAGGUUCCAAGUUCUGCGAGGAGGACAUCGACCAGAUCCUCCUCCGUCGAACCACCACCAUCACCAUCGAGAGCGAGGGCAAAGGGUCCACCUUCGCCAAGGCCAGCUUCGUGGCUUCGGAAAACCGCACGGACAUCGCUUUGGACGACCCCAAUUUCUGGCAAAAAUGGGCCAAAAAAGCCGACCUGGAUCUGGGUGGAGAGAGGAGAGGGGAGGUUCUUGGUGGCCACCACAAGAAAGUUCUGGGUGGAGAGAGGAGACAGGUCAAGAGGGACGAUGACCUGGUGGAGUUCUCGGACCUGGAGAGUGAAGAUGAGGAGAAACCGAGGUCCCGUCGGCACGACCGUCACCAUCAGACCUUCCACCACGCCUACGGGCGCACCGACUGCUUCCGCGUGGAGAAGAACCUCCUGGUCUACGGAUGGGGCCGUUGGCGGGAGAUCUUGUCCCACGGGAGGUUCAAGCGUCGUCUCUCGGAGCGGGACGUGGAGACCAUCUGUAGGACCAUCUUGGUCUAUUGUCUUCUCCAUUACCGGGGAGAUGAGAACAUCAAGAGCUUCAUCUGGGACCUCAUCAGCCCCACAGAGAACGGCAAGACCAAGGAGCUCCAAAACCACUCGGGACUUUCCAUCCCGGUUCCUCGUGGUCGGAAGGGGAAGAAGAUCAAGUCCCAAAGCUCUUUUGAUGUCCACAAGGUUGAUUGGAUCCGAAAAUACAACCCCGACACCCUCUUCCAAGAUGAGAGCUACAAGAAACACCUCAAACAUCAAUGCAACAAGGUUCUCUUGAGGGUGCGGAUGCUCUACUACCUGCGGCAGGAGGUCAUCGGGGACCAGGCGGAGAAGGUCCUGGCGGGGGCAAUGGCCAGCGAGAUCGACAUCUGGUUCCCUCUGGUGGAGCAACUGGAGGUCCCCACCUCCUGGUGGGACGCCGAGGCUGACAAAUCCCUCCUGAUCGGGGUCUUCAAACACGGUUACGAGAGGUACAACACCAUGAGGGCCGACCCCGCUCUCUGCUUCUUGGAGAAGGCCGGCCGCCCCGACGAAAAGGCCAUCGCCGCCGAGCAGCGCCUGGACGGGGGGGACGGGUGAGUUUU